AUGGCCACCUACGGAAAAGUAAGUCCGUUUGAUGAAGCAGAAGAAACGUGGACCCAAUACACCGAACGGCUGGAACAAUAUUUCCUAGCAAAUGAAGUGACAGACGCCAAAAAGCAGCGGGCAAUAUUUCUCAGUGUGUGUGGCUCGAAAACAUACGCAUUAAUUCGAGAUUUACUACAGCCAAAGAAACCGGGUGAUACGGAGAUAAAAGAAAUUUUCAAAGAGCUGGAAAAGCAUUUUAUUCCAACACCAAGCGUCAUUGUAGAGAGAUUUAAAUUCCAUAGCAGAAUUCGCCGUGUUGACGAAGGAAUUGCUAAGUAUGUGGCUGAAUUACGUCGAAUGACCGAGCAUUGCAAAUUUGGCACUUCCUUGGAUAAUAUGAUACGGGAUCGAUUAGUAUGUGGUAUCAACAACGAAAAGAUUCAAAGACGACUCUUAGCAGAACCUGAACUAACAUACAAGAAAGCAGUUGAACUUUCGUUAGCUAUGGAAUCGGCAUCAAAACACGUCGAAGAUUUGGGCGCCAAAGGAGUUUCUAUCGAAGACCCAAAUAAUAUACAUCGUGUAAACAACCGUGAGGACAACCAGCAAUCAAGUCGCUCCGAAUGUUAUCGUUGUGGGGGGAAGCACGCAGCAAAUUCGUGUAAAUUUCGCGAGUUUGAAUGGUGCAUGCGAUAAUUGUGUGAAAAAGGUUUGUCGUAGCACAAGGCGAGGAACAAAGCAAGCAGAGUUGCCACAGCGACGCGAAACCGGAAGUCGAGGGAAACGUGAACAGGAUACGGAAGUAAAAAUGGUUAAUGCACAGGGGGCCCAAGAGGAAGAAUAUUCGCUGUACAAUAUUCGAGAGAAAAAAAAAGACAAAUCGAUUUCAAUUGAUGUAGAACUGGGAGGCCAGCCAAUCAGAAUGGAAUUAGACACUGGAGCUACUAAGACAAUCAUAAGUGAAGAAACAUACAACAAACUAUGUAAGAAUUUGACACCACUUCGCAAGACAACAGUUGUUCUUAGCACCUAUACCGGAGAGAGAAUUGCAGUAGCGGGCGAAGUAAUGGUUCCAGUGCGGUAUGAAAACCAACAGCAUAACCUACUCGCACUUGUGGUCAAAGGUCAAGGUCCAAAUCUGUUUGGCCGAGAUUGGUUGCGUGUAAUCAAAAUGAACUGGGCCUUAAUAUUCCAAAUAAAUGAAUGUCAUCCUUGCAGUGAAUUGAAGGAAGUUCUUGAAACCCACAAAGAGGUUUUUACCGAAGAAUUAGGUACUUUGGAAGGAACAACAGCAAAAAUCUAUGCAAAUCAAGAUGCACAACCCAAAUUUGUGAAGGCUCGGCCAGUUCCUUUUGCCAUGAAAAUUCCACUGGAACAAGAAUUAGAGAGACUACAGCGAGAGGGAAUCAUAUCUCCAGUUGAAUUUUCAGAUUGGGCUUCGCCAAUAGUGACAGUAGCCAAACCAGAUGGAUCGGUCCGCGUAUGUGGUGAUUACAAAGCAACAAUUAACCAAGCUUCGAAACUAGACAACUACCCAAUACCGAAGACGGAAGAUCUGCUUACAACCCUCAGUGGAAGCCAAAAAUUCACUAAGUUGGAUAUGUCACAAGCCUACCAACAGUUGAGGCUAGACGAGGAGUCCAAGAAGUACACCACAAUUAACACUCAUAAGGGACUUUACCAAUAUAAUCGCUUACCUUUUGGCAUAUCAUCGGCCCCAGGUAUAUUCCAGCGGACACUAGAGAACUUACUUCAAGGUAUUCCAAGUGUCAUUGUGCGAGUUGAUGAUAUUCUUGUAGGCGGUAAAGACGAUGCAGAUCACCUAUCCAAUUUGAAUGCAGUGUUGACGCGACUGUCUGGAGCGGGCCUAAGAUUGAAGAAGAUCAAAUGUUGUUUCAUGGCAUCAGACGUGAUAUAUUGUGGCUAUGGGAUAAACAAGAACGGAAUCCAUCCGAUGGUCGAAAAAGUCGAAGCCAUCACGAAAGCACCAGAGCCAGAGAACAUUAACCAAUUACGAUCAUUUCUUGGAAUGAUAAACUACUAUCACAGAUUCUUACCAAAUGUGGCAACGAUCCUAGAGCCACUACACAGACUACUGCGACAGGGAACCAAGUGGGAGUGGGGAGAAGAGCAAAAGGCGGCAUUUGACUAUGCAAAAGAGCUCCUACAGUCAGCUGACUUACUCAUCCAUUUUGAUCCGACCAAGCCGUUAAUCUUAGCGACAGAUGCAUCGAAUUACGGAGUUGGGGCCGUUUUGUCACAUGUAUUUCCUGAUGGGACAGAAAAACCGAUAGCGUAUGCCUCAAGGUCUUUAAACGCAGCUGAGAGAAAUUAUUCGACAAUCGAAAAGGAAGCAUUGGCCACGAUUUUCGGCGUUAAGAAGUUUCACAAAUUUCUUUACGGACAGUCAUUUACCAUCAAAACAGACCAUAAGCCAUUGGAAGGGUUACUCAGCGACAAAAAAGGAGUCCCCACUCAGGCAGCACCACGAAUUCAAAGAUGGGCCCUCACACUAGCAGCAUACGAGUACAAGAUACAAUAUAAAGCCGGGAAAAACAAUGGGAACGUAGAUGCAUUGAGUAGACUACCCCUACCAAAGAUGCCACUGUCAACGCCACAGCCAGGUGAAACAAUCCUCCUGAUGGAACAUUUGGAGGAAACACCAGUCAACAGCACUCAGAUAAGAGAGUGGACCAAACGAGAUCCAGUUAUGUCAAAAGUCCUUCGUUUCACAAUGCAAGGUUGGGCAGAGUCCUAUGAUUCCACAACAUUUAAAUCUUACCACAACAAAAAGUUUGAGUUAAGUGUGGAGGAUGGCUGUUUACUCUGGGGUACGAGAGUUAUCAUUCCACCCCCAGGACGAUCAAAGAUCUUAACGGAGCUGCAUGAAGCACAUCCAGGGGUUUCCCGCAUGAAAGCCCUCGCAAGAAGCUAUGUGUGGUGGCCUACUCUUGAUGAAGAUAUUGAGAGGGAAGUGAAGAAUUGCAAUCAGUGUCAACUGCAUCAUACAACUCCAGCUGCUGCACCACUUCAUCCAUGGGAGUGGCCAGGACAUCCCUGGACACGGCUUCAUAUUGAUUAUGCAGGACCAUUCAAAGGUGAAAUGUUUCUGGUAGUGGUUGAUGCAUAUUCUAAGUGGCUAGAAGUUCACCAGAUGACAUCCACUACGUCUACAGCAACCAUUGAGAAACUACGCGAGAUUUUUGCCACACAUGGGCUACCGACAACAGUUGUGAGUGACAAUGGAACAAAUUUCACGAGCAAUGAAUUUGAAGAAUUUAUGAAGCGAAAUGGUAUUAAACACAUCAAAGUUUCACCAUACCACCCAGCAUCAAAUGGGCAAGCAGAGCGUGCAGUGAGAAUUUUUAAAGAGGGCAUUGAGAAGAUGAAGGAAGGAAGUAUGAGAACAAAAUUAUCGCGAUUCCUUCUGAAAUACCGUAUUACACCCCAUACGACAACGGGUGUGCCGCCAGCGGAGCUGUUGAUGGGCAGACACCUGCGUACUCAGUUGGAUCUGAUACAGCCAAACCUUGGAGAUCGGGUGAGGGAAAAACAAUCACAGCAAAAGGCAGUACAUGACUACCAUGCUAGAGAACGGAUUAUCGAAACCGGGAACCUAGUAUAUGCGAAAGAUUUCAGGAAACCUAAAAGUUGGAUGCCCGGGACGGUAGUGAAGAAGACAGGACCAGUGUCGGCAGAAGUACAGCUUGAUGAUGGUCUAAUUAUCCGGCGUCACCAAGAUCAUCUCCGCAUUCGCACUGAUGUUCCUCAAACAACUAUAGCGAGUGGAUUGGAAGACAUUCAACUACCAACCAGGGAGGUGAAUCCUGCAGAACCAUGGGAAGAACCCGAACUGGAAGCGAGAGCAGAACAAAGAAGACAACCCCAUAGAGACCGUCGUCUUCCUCAACAUUUGCAGGACUAUGAACUAGCAAACAGCUAAGUUGAACUGGUUAUAAACCAUUAUUUAAUAUGACAUUUAGUUAAAGUUGACAUUCUAUUUUUGUUAGAUACAGAGUAGUUCAGAUUAUUGGACACUGGGAAGGGAGGAGUGUAGUAUCCCAGAAUCCUUUGGGGGUUCGGGCCAUUGUGCACUGGGACACAGAACUGGGUGGUUAUAACAGUGUCAUUGCCACAGCCUCGCGUUUGCAACUCAAAAGAUCCUCGUUCAUUUGAUCUGUCCAUUUACGCCUGUGUUUAUAUUGCCUUCGAUUAGCCAUAUUGCCGGUGACUUGCUAUCGUUGACAUAGAGUUUCACAAAAUCGUUUAAACUAUUGCCUUUCUGAGUUCGUCUGUUCGAAUUUGUCUCGUUUACACAGCAAGCUGGAUUUUGUGCAGGAAUUUCAACAACAAGAAAAUAGUAUAAAGUCGUAUUUUCGUUUAUAAUACACAGACGUUUCUUCCUGACGUGUAGCAUGUGGCCGCCAUCGCUAAUAAUGGAAACUUUAAUAAUUUUGUUAUAUACUAUAUAUAUACAAUUGUAAAUCUCAUUAAUUUAAGGUAACUUACAAUUGGCUAUUUGAAUCACAACUAUAUGAACUAAUAAAAACGAUAAGACAGAAUACAUGAAAAUAUAUAAAUAUACAAGACAAUCAGAUAUUUCAAAUAGUUAACAAGUCCGGACUUUCCCAUUCCUUAUUUCGGCAGCAAAAAAUAUAGUAUGUACUUCGAAUGGCAAUAGUCAUCAUUUUCCUAACACAGUACGUUUGGUAGUUUUUGUCCAGACCAACAUUUCCUAACAUUUCUAAGAAUGUAGAGCAUUCUUGGGCAAAAAUACCUAGGGAGCUCAUAGAAAUAUUUAUAAAGUUUACUUCGUUAAAAUUUUCGUCUAGUUGUUUUACUAGUUCUUUAUAUUUGGCUUUUUUCCGAUUAACGUUGUUCUCGAGGUUUGUCUCAUAGAGAGCCAUUUGAUAACGAUAGCAACAAAUCCGGGCGAUACGAAUACGAUAAUAAUAAUAAUAAUAAUAAUAAUAAUAAUAAUAAUAAUAAUAAUAAUAAUAAUAAUAAUAAUAAUAAUGGAAACUUUAUUAAAUGUUUUUCUUUACAUACUUAUACAAUCGUAAAUCUCUCUCAUAAAGGUAACUUACGGUUGGCUAUUUGAAUCACAAUUAUACUAAACUAAAAUAACAGAACAAAGUGCAUGCAAUAUAUAUAUAUAUAUACAAUGAGAUAAGUCAAAUUAUAUUAAUAAUAAUAAUAAUAAUAAUAAUAAUAAUGAAAACUUUAUUAAAUGGAUAUUCAGCUUAUUAUACAAUUGCAAAUCUCACUUAUAUCAGGUAAUUUACAACUGGCAACUUAAGUGGCUGUCUCACUAAGAACCAUGCAGAGAGUUUCAGGUUGAAAAUUAGAUUUCCUUUACAUUUUUACCAUGAACUACCUUUGUCCUAAAAGGUAUUAAACUAAUACUAGAAUUUCUAAAUUUUUCUUUUUUUUUUAGUUAUGACGAAUUUUUGUCUGGACGUCAGCGACACUGAAAUUUGACCCCGAGAACGGCGGUCAAAUGUGUGUUAAAUUGUGCAUCAUAACUCGGGAAGUUUCGCGUCAAAUUAAAAACUUUUUUCAGUGUAUUGAGACAUAUUAUUUUUCUUUUAGAAUGUUGAAAGAAUUUGAAUGUACAUCUUAUUUUAAGCCUACUAGUCUCCAUCCAAGGAUGUCGGCAUUUUCGUUCGCCGAACAACUAAUGAUUAGGUAUAAAAUUCAAACUAAAAAUUCUCAAAAGUGCCACCUACCUGGCGUCUAAAACACUUCUAGGGUUAAAGUAGAAUACUUAAAGUUAUGUUAUUCGCAAUAAAACUUGUCGGCAAAAGGAAUAUGAAGAAGUGCAAAAUUCAUAAAUUAUGGCUAUAAAUAGCUCUAUUGUUUACCUUUGUGAUAACCGGAAACACGUUCAGCGUUACUCGCGGAGCUUUUAUAAAUUUAUAUUAGCAAUUAUUAUAAAUAUAAAAUAGUGUUUAUAAGUUCUUAUAUAUGAAUAUAAGCACCGCCUUGUAAUUUUUUUAAGCUUUUGGAAAGCCUUUAGAAUUGAUCGUUUUAAAGUUGAUUAAAAUUACUAAAUAGUUGCACGCAAACAUAAUGUACAAUAUAUUAUCGUUGUUUAAUAUGUACGACGAGUGUGCCAUAAAUAGAAUACACGCUAUAUUACGAAAGCAACAAUAUACUAAACUUUAUACUUAACUUGCUACCUGGAUAGUUAUUUUCGCGUGUUAAUUCUUCAACAAACAAUUUAAUCACGCAAAUUUAAUCUUUAAUCAAACGUUCGGGAGUAGUCGAAAACAUUUCGAGGUUGGUAAAUUGUGUACCUGUAGUCUGUAGUCUGUAUGCCAAGGGGAUUUAAUACGUUUGUAGCCAAUUUUUAAGUUUCUCUAAUUUAUAAAAUAAUAAUACAAAACCACGAAAAUAAUAGCAGAAAAUAAUAGCAGAAAAUAAUAGCAGACGCAAUUUAUACAAGCUGUUUUUGUUCUUCAAUGCGCCAUUGUUAAAAAUAAUUAUUGGAGUAUUUUUUAAACUUGCUUCUUAAAUAAUAUCAAUGACAGUGUUCCUAUGUAAUUUCCACACCUGUUUUGUUUAACAGAAAAUUAACGCAAAGAAGUGCCGUUUUUAGAUAUUUCUAGAAGCUUACUAGUAUAGUUAUGAUUAUGGAGAAAAGUUGUUCAUUUGUUGGCGUUGGUGGAAUUUGUUGUGGUGAAAGUCGUGGAUUACAGGAGAUUAGUUGCCUAAUUGAUUGUAAGGAAGAUAUGAGUGUUCAACUAUCAAACUGUCAUCUUUCUAAAUCGAACUUGAGAGAGAACGAGUUAAUUGCUAUUCGCGCGGGAAUGUUCAAUCUUACCGAAGACCAGUUUAAGAUGACGUUUAUUUGUCCGUCCCACCGUCAUAAUUUGGGAUGAUUUUGGAGGCCGCUAAGACCGUGCCAGUAUUCCCUCCAUUCGGGCCCUGUUCGUGAGUGUACAGGAAGAGAUGUUUUCAAUGUGUCAUUAUCAAAAACAGUUUUUACUCUUUAUGGGAAAUUAAUUCAAAUAUAAGAUCUCGUAAGUAUUACGCUACUUUUACUUUUUCAAGUGUUGUAAUUAGUACUUUAAUGACGCAGGGGAAACUGGUGAUAACUAUCGUAAGUUUACGUGUUCUUCAUGAAGGAGGAUGCGUAAGUUUACGUGUUCUUCGUUUUGAGGCACAAAGAGAAAUGCUUGUGGACAACUUGUGGAAAAUGCUUGCUGAGAUCGACGUAUGCCUGCAUCCUAUAUACCACGACGCGUAUGAUUUAUGUGACAUGUACAAACAGAAGAGCCUAUCUGUUUUUAAAAUAUAACGAUGCUGAAAGAAAUUUGUGCGCAUCUUGAACUUCAGUUCAAAUCAAAGGAUAAAAACAGACUCUCGUAGAUAAAAUAUCAUACAUGAUUGGGCAAUGCACAUGUUUCCAAAUGAAUAUACUAAAUUGUGCAGGUGCGGACAAAUACUUCCAGACUAACUUGGACAUGUCGAGAGAUGUCAUUGUUCUUGGUCCGCGAGUAUGUGGAGCCUGGAACAGUAUCGUUAACCCAAAUCAAGUACCAAAAACGCUGCAUGCAAACUACGAUGUUAUGUAUUUUUUAUUGCUAUAAUUUAUACUACUAUUAUGAGACAAAUCAAAUUUUGCCGAAAAAUACCAAUUGAAGUUGAAAGUUAUUCACAGAAUGGCGAUUAGCUGCAAACUACUGUAAAAUUAUUAUUAUUGCUGUAUAGAUUAAAGUAAAGAUAAAGGACAGAUCUCAGUAUACGUCGCAGCCGUAGUCAAUGUCAAUGCAACUAAGAUCGUUUUAUACGAUGAAUUGAAUCGUUUGCAUGAAAGGACAAAAAUUCUGCCAAAUGGGCGAUGCGGAAAACUUUUAACAGAAUAUAAUAACAAGUUCAUGGAUUUAUUAAUUCGAUGCGACGUUACGGCAACACACAUUUUCGACAUUGGCAUUGUACACCUCAGGGCCGUAGCAACCGGGGGGGCUUGGGGCUGCAGCCCCCCCCCCCAAUAAUUUCCUAAUAAUCAUUCUUUUUUCAAAAUCAUGCAGACCUUUAUCAUUUAAUCCAUGACUGCAAAGAAUGAAGAUAUUACCCAUAUUUUCCUGCAACUUAUCCAAUAUAUAGUUAAUUAAAUACGCAUUCGGCCAUUUAGUACUACUAAAUUGUAAAUUUCGACAUAGUAAAACGCUGUUUUCUGACUAUCAGAAUUCUGUCAAAUCUUCCCCAAAGUCCAGGAAAUGGUAUUUCAGAGACUAUUGAAAAGAGCUUCCUACAGCCCUGUACCUGUCCGGUCAUGAGGGAUACAACGUCCUAGACGAAUUUGUUUCUUCUGUCCGUUUUGGACCUCAAAGAUCCAUCACAUUUCAUCGAUCGAAUUAAACUUUUCUGAGUUAAAUACAAUGAUUGUGCAAUAUAUUAGUCGCUAUAAAAACUCCGCGAGCAACCUUGAACGUGUUUCCGGUUAUCACAAAGGUAAACAAUAGAGCUAUUUAUAGCCAUAAUUUAUGAAUUUUGCACUCCUUCAUAUUCCUUUUGCCGACAAGUUUUAUUGCGAAUAACAUAUCUUUAAGUAUUCUACUUUAACCCUAAAAGUGUUUUAGACACCAGGUAGGUUGCACUUUUGAGAAUUUUUAGUUUGAAUUUUAUACCUAAUCAUUAGUUUUUCGGCGAACGAAAAUACCGACUUCCUUGGAUGGAGACUAGUAGGCUUAAAAUAAGAUGUACAUUCAAAUUCUUUCAACAUUCUAAAAGAAGAAGAAUAUGUCUCAAUACACUGAAAAAAGUUUUUAAUUUGACGCGAAACUUCCCGAGUUAUGAUGCACAAUUUAACACACAUUUGACCGCCGUUUUCGGGGUCAAAUUUCAGUGUCGCUGACGUCCAGACAAAGAUUCGUCAUAACUCAAAAAAAAAGAAAAAUUUAGAAACUCUAAUAUUAGUUUAAUACCUUUUAGGACAAAGGUAGUUCAUGGUAAAAAUAUAAAGGAAAUCUAAUUUUCAACCUGAAACUCUCUGCAUGGUUCUUAGUGAGACAGCCACUUAAAGGACAAUGGCAACAAAAAUUUUUAUUGUGUCGUUUGAAAGAAUGUUUAAAAUUAUUUCUAAAAUCUUGUUACAGAUUUUCGUAUCAAGCUUAUGAAGGAAAUGAAGCUGUCUGCCAUCUUGGAUUAAUUCUUCAUCUCAUUAACUAUCGUUUUGAUGACGUCAAGAGUGGGGUUAGUCUUAUAAAAUUACUCCUAAGUUGGUGAGUAACAAUCAAAAGUUGUUUAAUAUGUUUUUAUUCAAUUCAAAACGUGAAAUAGCAACCAAAAACGAGUUUCAGAUUUAUAUUGAUUACUGGUUGUUCCAGACAAAAAACUUGCGUGACCCCACAUGUGACGUAAUCUGCAUAAUCGUAAUAAUCCAAGAUGGCGGACAGCUCUGGACGCUUUUAGUCCAAAUAUUUGAAGAACCAAGCAAGAUAUGAAGAAUCUGUAACAAAAUUUUAGCGAUGAUUUUAAACGUUCUUUCAAAUGAGACAAUAAAUUUUUUUCUUGCCAUUGUCCUUUAACAGUUUUAAUUAUGCUUAUAUUGCAAAGCCAGAAUGUCGGGUUUAUGUCAUAGUCAAUCUUUUCAUGAGCUUGCUUUAAUCGUAAAAAAGGAACGUUGAGCAUUAAAGUCCGAUUCCACUGGUGCUAAUUCGCCCCUGUACUUGUGUAGACUAUAAAUUUAAAUGCCAACUUGUUCAAAAUUAUCAGUACGUUUAAGUGCGCUUCAACCCGUUUUAAUAGCUGAUUGAAUAUGCGCUUCAAAGUUGAGUUUUAGUGACAUAUACACUAAAAGAGUUUACUAGCAAGUUUUCUUCGUAUGUUGUAUUGACAGAAUUAGCACGUACGUUUAAGUAUAAAUUUCAACCCGUUUUAUAGCUGAACAAAUUUGCGCUUCAACAUCUAUGACUUUAAUAACAUCUAACAUCUAUGACUUUAAUAGUACGGAUAUAAUAAAUAUUCUAACAUCUAUGACUUUAACGAUAUACCAGAGAUUUUGCAAAUUUACAAUACAUCUUAUAAGAUUUAGAUUGAAUUAUACUAACCUGGAUAUUGACGAUGGAGGAGAUCGGCUGUAGAGUCUUUGUUGUAUCUUCGUGCAGAGUUGUGCUUCAACUGACACGUAACACAGCGUUGUUUAUGUUAUAUUAUGCUAGGACGCGAGCAAAACGCCCACACAAUCGGUUUUUAUGGCAACAACUGUGUAGACGUAUAAAUAAUUCAAACAGCAGGUGCGCAUUUUUCAUUUCGGUUGAUUAAAUUACGAGAAAGAUGGCGCCAUAAUUCCGUUAUCAAACCUAUUAAAUACAGUGUUCGUAAGUUUAUAUCUUCUCCAGCUAUCUCAAUGCAAUCCAUUUCAUCAGAUUUUAAAAUGAUAACUCUAAUCAAUACUAACACGGCGAGAAAUUGAAUUAAGAUAGAAUUUUGUAGCCUGCUCGCAGCCCGAAAUUUCUAAGAAUUUUGUUGUAUGUUCGCGGUUCUACUCAACGCUGUCACGCGCGUUGCGUGGGCUGAUUUACUAAUCGCGCGAGGAUGAGUUUAUCACAGGAAUCUCUGAUUACAUGAGUAAUAUCAUCGAACCUUAACCAGUGUAAAAUACUACAGUGGCACAACUAGGGUUUUUUUAAGAUUCUUCCUUUUAGACAUAUGUACAAGGCAUAUAUAGAGUCGUGUUUAGUAGGACCCUAUCUGCGUCCUGAAUUAAUUAAAGCUUCAACUACUGACGCUAAGAUGGCGUUGUUUAUAUUAUUAGAUGACUUUGCUCUUAUUAUUGCAACGCGUUGUUUAUAUUAUUCGACAGUUGCCGAAUUUCGGUAUUUAAUUUGGAGUUAGAGCUCUUCUUUGUGUAAAAUAGCAUUUUCUUGGAAGUAAUUUUCAUAUUUUUUAAUUUAACGUUCGUGUUUACAAAGUGUAACCAAUUGCAAGCCAGUAUAUUAAUGUGAGGUAUAAUGACACGCGGUCUGCAAAAGACGCUUGAAAUACUUUAAUUAAGGACGCAAUAUUUGUCUGUUGCUAUAAAGCCAUUAUUUUGUGAAAUGUUUGAAGCAAAUUGUAAUAAACUUUAUCUACAUCGAUCAAAAUAGCAUUUGCUCAGUUUAUAUACAUUAUUAAGAUUGCUCUUUCUUAGUAU